AAAAUGGUAUCUAAUAAAUAUUUAGAUAUUUGAUUCAAAUAAAUUUUUAUUUAAUUUAAAUAAAAAAUUUUAUUUACGCCAAAUAAAUGAGCUUGUAUAGGCUGCAUGUGAGACAAAUAUACAUACGUUUAUUUAACUCGAAGCAAAUUAUCAUUUUUGUUGCCGUUGUGAUGGCCAUUGUUGCUUCUACACCUUCUCCAUUAAGGAGGGAAAAUAAUUUUGAUAACUCUAAUGUUGUGAUUGUUAAAGAAGAAUUACAUAAUAAUAUUGGUAUCGAUAGGUAUCAAUAUAAUUAUGAACUAUCGGAUGGUCAGCAACGUGAGGAAAAUGGAGAACUUGUCAAUAAUGGAAAAGAAACUGAGACAUUAGUUGUGAGAGGAAGUUUUUCUUGGAUUGAUCCAGCAACAAAUUAUAAAUAUACAGUUAAUUAUGUAGCAGAUGAAAAUGGCUUUCAUCCCGAAGGUGCACACAUUCCCGCCGUUUAAAUAUAUAUAUAUAUAUAUAUAUAUAUAUGUAUAUUUCAUUUUAUUCGGAAUAAAUAUGUAAAUAAAAACACAAUUUUCAAUAAA